AUGUCGACUAUCACCAUCUCCCAAACUACCGCUUCUAAGUCGGAUUUGAAAGUUGUUUCCUACUCAAAAAUCGUACGAGGAGAUGCAGAUGAACUGGACACACUUCGCAAGGCAUGCGAGGAGUAUGGAUUUUGGUAUCUUGAUCUGAACAGUCAGAAUGGAGACCCGAUUUCCGUCGUUCAGAAUGUGCCAUCUGUGUUCAAGAUCGUAGAAGAGUUCUUCGACUUAGAGGAUGCGGAAAAGACCAGAUAUGACGUGGAUGAGAUUGGGCCUUGGAAGCUCAAUGGAUAUACUCCAUUCGGGAGAAAUAAAGGACUCGUCGGUGAUGGAAAGAAGUACGGCGUAGAAGGCUACACCUUUCCCAGAGACGGUCUCUGCAACACUGACGUCGAGGGGCAAAAUUUUGCGCUACCUCAAGUACUGAAGAGACACUCGCAAGUUUUGUCUAGCUUCAUGAAUCAACUCCACGACAUCGGGUUGCACGUGCUACGUGCCCUGGACCGGACCAUGGCCAACUCAGAAGCUGCAGAGGACUUCUUAGCACUUAAUCAUCGCCCUUCGUUAGCUUCCACCACGUGUUUGACGGCACAACGUUACCCUCUUUUGUCAGAAGAGAGUACCAAUGCUGGUCUGGCUUCGCAUACCGACGUAGGUAGCCUGACAAUUUUGUUCUGCGGGGAGCGCGGACUUCAGGUUCUCAGCCCAGAUACGAAGGAAUGGCAAUAUGUGGAACCAAAAGAAGGCUGUGCUGUUAUUAACGUGGGGGAUUCUCUUCGAUUCCUGUCCAAUAAGUCUUUUCGAUCUGCUUUGCAUCGCGUCGUUCCAUAUCCGGGAGCUACGAUCAAGAACCGUUUCUCCUGUGCCUAUUUUAUUCGCCCCAAUCUUGAUGCCGAGUUCAUUGAUGACGAUGGGAGUAGUUGGAAGAGUAUAGAUUGGCACGUAAGGAAAUACAAGGCUUAUCGCUCAGCGACUACAACAGCAUAA